AUGACUGUUUAUCAAAAUAGAUUUCAACUUUUUAUUAAAAAUAUGUUUGGAUUUGCAAAUCUUAUUUGUUGCAUUUUUUUCUUUUGGUCUUUAAAACAUUUUGCAAGUCAAUCACAAAGCGCAGCUAUGAUUUUGAAAAAUCGUAUGGUCAAAUUUGCAAUUUACAUGGAAAUUAUUUUUGAAGUUAUACCUGGAGCUUUUUCGAUAUUUUUAAAUCUUUUAAGUUUUUGUAUCCAUUAA